AUGGAGGGGUUGAACGUUCUAGUGACAGGAUCCACAUGUGGAAUCGGCCUCCACACUGCCAAAAUUCUAUUCAAAAAGGGAGCAACAGUGAUUCUGACGUGCAGAGAUGAGGUUCGUGGCCGUCGAGCCGUCGAAAGUCUCCUCGUUGGAGUUAAAGAAGAAGACGUGGCGAAAGAAUCUGAACGAAUUCAUCUGUUCACACUCGACGUAACGAAUUACAAUUCGAUUUGCGAAUUCACAGAUGAGGUCAGCAAAAUGUUCAAAUACAUUCAUGUCAUUAUUAAUAACGCUGGAAUCAUGGGUGUACCUUUUGAGCUCUCGGUCGAUGGAAUAGAAAUGCAUUUCGCUACCAAUGUAUUUGGUCACUACGUCGUCGUGGAACGUCUUCUGCCGCUCCUUCUAAAAACGAAUCGUCCAGAUUUCAAGUCUCGAGUCAUUGUGGUGUCCAGUGGUUUGUAUCGGAAUGCGGAAACCAUCCCCCAAGUGUCGAAACUUCUCGGUCAGAAGACGUACGAAUACUCCUCAAAACAGGCAUACGCAUUCAGUAAACUCGCCAAUUGCCUCUACACAGUUGCACUUGCGAAAAUGCUUGAGCCACACAACGUUGGCGUCUACUGUGUUCGUCCGGGAUUCGUGAAUGGAACAGAGCUGGGUCGAGAGACUCAUUGGUUCCUACGUGCUCUUGCUGCUCCUCUCAUCUGGUUCAUCGCCAAAAGUCUUGAUCAGGGAUGUGAAACUAUCGUGUAUCUAGCGGAGACGCCAGCUGAUCAAUUGAAAAGUGGAUCGAUGUAUUAUGAGAAGAAAGAGGAAGCGUAUAAUGAAAUGGUGGAUGUGACUGCAAUCCGUCAGGUAUGGGCCAUCCUUCGUCACUUGGAAGACACUAUCUGGAAGCGGAACACUCAAUUGACAGAUAAACAGAAAUUCCAUGGAGAGAACGUCAGAAACAUUCUCGAAGAAUCAUUGAUCAUUUGA